AUAGUAACCUUGCAAACUUUCUAUAACUUAAUGACUUUUACAAAAACAUGUUUUAAAAACAUUGUUUUUAUGAAACUAUUAGAAUCAACCGGCUAAUGAUGAAUCCCGGUGAAUUUUGGAGACAAUUAUGUAUUUUAAAAGCCGAAGCUCUUUGUAUCAACUUAACUACACCGGGAAAUUUCUUGACGACUGAUUUAUCGGCAUCGACAUCUAGUUCUUCGCCUUCGCCUUCGCCUUCACAUUCAUCAUCAACAUCGUCAACACUAACAUCAGAUCCAAUUUCUAAUCAUCAGACACAUGCUGUCACAGUGAAUAAAUACAGCUCCAAAGUUUUAGCUGUUGUUGGUAAUCUCAAAUUCGAAUCACUUAUUGCCGGUGUUACCGGUGGUGUUUUAGCAACCCUAAUCCUUCAUCCUUUGGAUCUUCUUAAAAUAAGAUUUGCUGUCAAUGAUGGACGUGUAUCUUUCAGGCCACAUUAUCAAAACCUCCGUGAAGGAAUCAAAACAAUUUUCAAACAGGAAGGUAUCAAUGGUUUUUACAGAGGAACUGUUCCAAAUCUUAUGGGUGCUGGUGUAUCUUGGGGACUUUAUUUCCUUUUCUACAAUUGUAUUAAAGACUACUUGAUGAUGGAAAGAAAAGAAUUAACGCCUUGGUUGCAUUUGAUGGCAGCCGGUCAAGCUGGUGUUCUUACUGUAAUUUUAACAAAUCCUUUAUGGGUUGUUAAAACACGAUUAUGUCUUCAAUAUAGUAGUCAAAGUCAAUUAUUAAAUUCGUUACCUAGCCAUAAAGUUUAUUCUGGUACACGCGAUGCAUUCUAUAAAAUUAUUAAAUAUGAAGGAAUCAAAGGAAUGUACAAAGGAGUAGUUCCUGGUUUAUUUGGUGUUACACAUGGUUCUUUGCAAUUCAUGGCUUAUGAAGAGCUCAAGAAAAAUAUCAUUGAACGACGCAAUGUUCCAUUCGAAACUAAACUGGAUAAUCAUGAAUAUGUCAUGUGUGCAGCAUUGAGUAAAUUUGUUGCUGCUUCGCUAACGUUCCCAUAUCAAGUAGUGAGAGCUCGACUCCAAGAUCAACAUUCUGUAUUUACAGGAGUCCGUGAUGUGAUAGUCAAAACUUGGAGGAGUGAAGGAGCCAGAGGAUUUUACAAAGGUUUGACACCGAGCUUGCUAAGAGUUGUGCCCCAAACUUCAAUAACAUUAUUAGCUUACGAGAAUACGUUUCGUUUAUUGAAAGCGCAGAAGGCUGAAGCUCAUCAACAAUAAAACUCCUGUGUUUUUUAUAAAGGACCCAACGUAUUUAUUCAAAGGACCUCAAUAUAUUGAUCCUAAAAUUUUGCCAAAACUGUUCAACCGUCGUCCCACACAUUUCAUAAUUGCUCAAAAUUGAAUCAACAAUGCGUUUAAAUAAUAUGCAAUUCACUUAAUAACCAAAGAAAAUUUUGGAAAAUUUGAUUAUUUAUAAACCAUUUAUAGAUUUGUUACUGUAUUAAAUUUUCUCAGAUCUCUGCUUCCCUGAUAAGCUUUAAUGUAUUAUAUACAAAGAUUGAUAAAUUACAUAUUACAUGUAUAUUGUCUAUUUUGCAUAAAAAAACUCUUUGACUCAAAAUCUCAUGCAAAUUGUUAUAAUUGUAUUGACCCUUUGAAUAAAUCCAGAGAAAAAAAUUAAA